AUGGAGAAUUCCGGGAAUUAUCAUUUACUUUCGAAGUUCACCAGAUUACGAAAGAAGCCACAGCAACCGCUGACGGAUUUAACGGAACUCUACGGUAGAAUUGCGAAUGAAAGUAUCUAUUAUUUGAGAUUGGAGGAACUGGGUGACUACAAAGCGGCUUUACAGGGUUGGAAAGCACUGAAUACCGAUGUAAUGUAUCGGUUAACGCUUAUUGAACAUGAAUACCCCAAUAUUGCAUCGUACACAAGAGAAGAGGGCAACAUCAAAUCUGGAGUGCGAGAGUUGUGCCAUAAGAGUUUAAUGCAUUUGGACCGAGUGAAAAAAUUAUAUGAUGAGGCUGAAGCCAGGCAGCACGGUCCCGUACCGACCGAAUCCAACGCGUACAAGAGCCUGCCACCUAAUCGAAGCUCAUCAUUUGUCAAGAGAAGUCAUCUGCAACACGCAUUCAAUGGCUCAUCGCGGAAAAUGACGAUGACGUUACGAGAUUCAAGACCCAACGCUGCGAAAAGUGCGACUUCGUCACUGCGAUCCUUCCAGUCGCUAGACCCGAGUUCUAGGAGUACUCAAGGGCAGCAUAGGGUUAACUUCGUGCCGUCAAAGCCAUUGACUAAGCAGAGAGUAUCUCCGCCGUGCGAAGAGGAUAAGCUUGGCGAAAGGUUCGAUGGUUUUGACGAUAAUAACGAUUUGAUUGAUCUUACCCUUAAUAGCGAUGAAGAUGUUUCCAGUGUGGUAGAAGAAUCACUCCAAGAUAGUCUCAAGGAUGACCCGUUUGAUUUUGAUUUUGAAGAUUACUAUGCAGAGGAUCCAGCCUUGAAUGUUAAGCCUGAUUCUGAAACGGGGGGAGCUCGGAACACGGAGCAUACGGCCUUCAUCGAACAACAGCUCUCAAAUCUCUCGAUUAGAUCGCCACCGCUGAUAAUAGCUCCAGCUAAACCUCCUAGCAGUAAUAAGGACAGACCCCCAAUACCGAUCAGCCAGCCACCAUGCAGCAUCAAGGAGAGACCCCCGAUUCCCAUCAAUCAACCGCCUGUGCCAACCAUGCAGGAUUCUUCCAUGUUAACAACGGCGAAAAGUGUCAGUCAACCUGUACCGCCAUACCAGAAAUCAAACAAUAGCACGGGAAACAUAAGCUCAAGCUCGAGCAAUAACGGCCGCAGCGCGAACAAACUGAAAGCAGCAGGAAGACCAAAAGCGUCGACUGACUUGAAAGCUACAAAAUCCACGCCUGCGCUGAGCACAAGAUCCACAAAGGGAUCGCCUUCGUUACCAGCACAUCGUGCAGAGAUUGCAAGGCCUCAAGCAGCGUCGGUUGCCGCUAAGAAAGUCCUUGGAUUAUCCAGCGAAGUGAAGCAGCCUGAUACCACCAAUAGACAACCUAAGAAGCUGGUGAAGAAGAAAGUACAGGCUAACACAGCUACUCGAUCUCUACCUGUGAUGAAUUCAGCGCGAUCAAGCAUCGCACAAACAAAAAAGAAAAUGCAAGCAGAUCAUCUCUCAUCAACCCACGCUAAGCCGAGCCGGAAUGAUACUACACCGGUAUCAACUUCUACAAGGACAGGAAUAUCAGUUUCGUUGGGCUCGUCACGCUCGGUGGACACUCACGAUGUGAAACGCGAUCAUUCAACCCCGCCUCUGCCCAGUUCAGCAGCGCCGCCUGUAUUAGUCGCAGAAGGUUGUGAAGGUGACACUCAGAAGCUGAAAGAUGAACUGGAAGAUGACAUAAUCAACUCACUGACUGGUGUGGAUAAGGGCGCUGCGAAGCAAAUAUUUGCCGAAAUAGUGGUCCAUGGAGACGAGGUACACUGGGAGGAUAUCGCUGGUCUUGAAGGCGCUAAAAGCUCUUUGAAAGAGGCCGUUGUGUAUCCGUUUCUCAGGCCUGAUUUGUUCCGCGGUCUGAGAGAGCCCGUGAGAGGCAUGCUCCUAUUCGGGCCGCCAGGUACUGGUAAGACAAUGCUGGCUCGCGCUGUGGCCACAGAGUCUCAUUCGACAUUCUUCUCCAUCAGCGCUUCCAGUCUAACUUCCAAAUAUCUAGGUGAAAGUGAAAAACUAGUCAGAGCACUUUUCGCAGUGGCCAAGAAACUCUCUCCCUCCAUCAUCUUCGUCGAUGAAAUCGACUCUAUAAUGGGUAGUAGAAAUUCCGACGGUGAAAACGAGUCAAGCCGAAGAAUUAAGAAUGAGUUCCUGAUCCAGUGGUCUUCGCUUUCGGCAGCUGCCGCUGGCAGUAACUCGAGAAGUGGCUCCGGUGACGAUGACGACGAGAGAGUGCUCGUCUUGGCCGCAACCAAUCUGCCCUGGUCGAUCGAUGAAGCUGCUAGAAGAAGGUUCGUCAGGAGACAAUAUAUUCCGUUACCUGAACCAGAAACGCGAAGCGUACAACUCAAGAGGCUAUUGUCGCAUCAAAAACAUAGUUUGACUGACGAAGAUUUCACUGAUUUGUUGAAGUUGACGGACGGGUUUUCCGGCAGCGAUAUAACGUCCUUAGCAAAGGACGCAGCGAUGGGUCCACUGAGAGAGCUUGGAGACCAGCUACUUUUGGUUCCCACCGAAAGCAUAAGGCCAAUGGCUUUAGAAGACUUCAAGAAUAGUCUGAAUUACAUUAAACCGUCCGUUUCACAAGAAGGUUUAAAACGCUACGAAGAGUGGGCCACAAAAUUCGGAUCGUCUGGUUCGUAG